AUGUCUCCUCACAUGAGUGCCGCCGACUUUUUCGAGCCUGCCAUGGACAGGCCACCGUCCCCAGGCAGGAUACGGCAGCUCAACUCGCAGAUGAGGCGAGCCUCCCAGCUGCGCCGCCAGAAUGGACACCGCACUGCCGCGUCCGCGUCUGUGGCUUCCAACGGUGAGAGCCCGGGGUGGGAGCAGACCUUGGAGAAUCUGUCGCUUGGUAGACGCGCUUCGGUCAAGUCCACCGGCAGCAGCGCCCAUUCACGAGAGCGCUCGGAUAGCGUCUACGGCUUCGGCAAGAACCCCUUCCACCGACGAGCGAGAUCCAAGCGUGAGAGCAGCGCCAACUCGUCCUCGGCCAGCUCCAUGUAUUCCGCCGAGGCGCCAGCCGACAGUGCCCUUGCCUCCACCAGCCACAAGGAGUCCUUUAUCCAGGCCCUCACCCGCCGACGAGCCUCUCGAGACGACACCGCAGCUGCCCAGAGGAGGCUGAACAUCUCGGGCCCUUACAACUUCCAGCAUGUCACUCACACGCACCGCGAUAGCGUUGCCCAGGCGCACGAGGGACCCGAGCAACUGACGAUGCGCGCAACCGGCCCAACCAGCGCCCCCAAUGUCACCAACCCAACCGAGGGGUCUGGUCUUCUCUUCCAUCCCGACGCCUACAACGAUUCUGGCGCCUUCUUCUCACGACCCGCCUUGAACCGCCAGAGCCAGGCCGUUCCUCCCAACGGAUCUCGUCGACUGAUGAGACGAAUCCGAUCGCAGGACCAGCUGCGAGGAAGCACUCCUUCCAUGUCACCGCCGCCCAGACCACCCAGAUCUCCCAUAAAGCCCACCGCGCCUGUAUCAGGCUCCCCCGGCUCGCCAUCUCGGAGCCCUAGCCUCCAAGAGGAAUACGAAGAAGACGACGAGCAGCCCACCGUCGUCAUUGAGCGACCAAAGACCAGCGGAGGUUUCCGCCACCCGCAGCCCUUCAACCCCGAUGAUUCAGUCGAGCCGGUGCCUCCCAUUGGGCCUCUUUAUGCUGCGCCGCUUUUGACUAGUCAAGAAGAGUAUUUUCACAAGACAAAGCUCUCGCCAAUCCAGCCCUCGCCCACCGAGCCCUCUUGGCCCCUUGCCAGCCCUACAUUGGCAACAUACGAGACCCCACUUGCUGACGUUCCUGAAGAGGAAGAGAGCGCAGCAGCUGCUAGACGGUCUAUCCGUGGCAGCCAAUCCGUCCCCAUGCUGCGCCGGUCUCAUCGUCCAGCGAGCAAUGCGUCGGAUACCCUUGGCAACCUCCACAUGACGUCUGUGCCACAGCAUGCCGUCGUCGAGUCAUCGGAGAAGCACGGAUUCCACUUUGGAAUCAUCGAAGAGAGCUGGGAGGACGACAUUGACUAUUGUUAUGACCACGAAGCGGAAGCCGACUGCGAUUACCAAUGGGAACGUGACUCGAUGGACACUGCGCGUGAUAGUGACACUCUUCCGUUGGAAGUUACCUUUCCCAUCGAAGAGAACAGUGUGCCCAUUGGAACAGCCAGUUCGUCGCCCGGUAUGCUCUCCGUAGCCACCUUUGACGGCCCGGGCCUGAGCCCAAUCAGCCAGACGUCAACGCCCACUGUCCAGGAGGCCAUUACUCCAGUCUUCACUGCACCCGUCGCCAACAACUUCUCUCUUCCCACCUUUGACAAGAAGAAGUUCCGCGCAUCCCACGCCUCGAGCUUCAAAGAGUCUCAUGGCUUUACCCUGUCACCGUCGCUGCUGAUCCCUGGCGAUUUCCAUCAGCAGAUGCUGAUUGAAGAGGGCGCCAGACACGACUACCCCGGAGAGGAUGACUUGACGCUUCCUUACCACUCGACUGCUUUCUAUGAUGAGAAUAGCAAGCCCGCCCAGUGGUCACAGCAGCGAGCGAGCACUUCCACUACCGGGACUGUCUCCACAUACUCUGAUACGACUGCCGAUCGCCACAUCUCCACCAACUCUACCUGGUCGUUUUACACUCGCAAUACCGCCAGCAGCAGUGGAUCUGUGCACAAGAUGACUGGCUCUUGGACCGAAUGCGCGGAGCCUCUACCUGUGGCUCAGGCUGAAGUGCCAGCACCUGUUGAUGCUGAGGCGGAGGGGGAUAUGACUAGCCCACAAGACACUGUUCCUGAGCUAAUCUCAUUCCCUCUGGCUCCAUCGAGGAAGUCGUCUCACAAGUCUCAUGCUAGUGAGUCGAUUAUUCACGAGGACGCAUCUUCGGGCCAGAAACGCCGCUCUCGAUCCAGGACUGCCAGCCUGAGCAGCCAGGCACCGCCUGUUGGGCAGUACGCCUUGUUCCCUCGAUCUUACAUCAAGCCAACUGGCGACCGUAUCUAA